AUGCCGCGCGAAGAGUACCAAGUCCCAACCGCAUCCGCAGCAGUCGGCGCUCCCGCGUCCGCCGCCCGCGGGUCCACGCGCGAGGGCCACGACUCGCGCGCUGUCAUGUCGUACCUGUGUGGCGACUGCGGCGGCACCGUGACGCUGACCAAGGACGCGCUCGUGGCGUGCCCGCACUGCGCGGGGCGCGUGCUGUACAAGGAGCGCACCAAGCGAAUGGUCCAGUUUGAGGCGCGGUGA